AAAAGUUACAAGUGAAUUGAAAGUAACUGAAAACUAAAUCAAAUACGCUUCAAAAUGUUGCUGCCGCUCAGAAUAUAUCCACUUGGUGUAUUAUCUAUACUGCUAAGUUGCUGUGCGUUUUGUACGCCAGCUCUUGCCGAUCCCAACAGCGCUCAAUUCGAGUUAAUGCAACGAUCGUCGAUUUUAUUUGGCUUGACAACAAUCAGUCGCCCAGAUAUGGUUAGUGCAAGUUGUUAUGGACAACUGCAGGAUAUACAAAAGGCCAUACUGCAACAACAACCAUGGGCAAUGAAGAUGUACGAUGCUACAGGUUCCCGAGAGCCUGGCUUUGUGACAGGCAAUGGCUUAUGGCUGGGCAGCCGGGACUCUUGUAAUGCCGUUAAGCAGCCAGUCAAUCUUAAAAUAUCUAAACACAUAGCACACAAAAUGAAUUCGAAAUUAAUCACAGACAUUGCACCAUUCCCUGUCGACUUUCGCGUCGUCCAUCUCUGGCAUAACUCUACCUGGCAAAUGGAUCCAAAUUUUCCAUACUUUGAACCACGCGUCAGUAUCGGUCUUUGCCUGCCAACCGCAUGCACACUUUCCGAGAUAGCCCAACUAAUGGCCAUUUAUGUAGAGGAUGAAAUAUUUGUAGCAAAUGAUAUAUUUAAUUUGCGGUUACGUGUCGACAGCGUUAAGGAACUUAAAAUGCGUCCGGGUUCUUUAGCGCGACCUUCGUGGAUAAUUUUCUCUGUUGCAUGGUCCUUGACUUUGCUAUUGACAGCGAUGGCUUUGGUUCGGCGCAUGAAGAGAAAUAAUGAAACGGCAGGCGUUGUGGCUGACGGUGAUCGAAAGACGAAUAGUGCAGAUGUAGCGGUGACGAAACCAGAAUCGAGUGCAAAACCAUUAGCUGGCAAAGGAUAUUUGGAUUGUUUUGAUGUGAAAAAUAAUUGGGAAUUGCUAUUUCCAGUGGAUGCGGCUGGUGUAGUGAGCGGCAACGAUGCGUUUCCGGGAGUGAAUGGCUUGCGUUUCUAUGGUGCGAUGGGUGUGAUUUUAUUUCAUCAACUAUGCGUUACCUAUUUGGCGACGAGCAAUAAGUCGGAACACUUCAAAUUCAUCAGUAAUUUGGGAAAUUUCGAGGUCUUUGUGGAUUUGUUCUUUACAAUAAGUGGCUUCUUACAAACAUAUCAUUUCUUCCGGAAUCCCAUCACAAUUGAUAUAAUACGCAAAUCUGGCUUAUGGAAGAAUGUGAUGCUAAUACUCAUGUAUUUACUUCAUCGCUUGAUUAGAUUGGGCCCACUCUAUUUAAUUGCCAUCUGCAUGAGCGAUGCUGGAUCUCGUAUGAUGGACGAUCUAUCAGUUUUCCAUUUUAGUCAUCGCGUAUAUGAGAAAUGUGAAUUGUAUUGGUGGCGCAAUGCUCUCUUUAUACAAAAUCUCUUCAAUCACGAGGAUAUGUGCAUGUUUUGGUCCUGGUCUUCGGCAUGUGAUAUGCAAUUUUUCAUAAUUAGCACAAUUUUACUCUUCGUUUAUGUGAAGCAUCCGAAAGUGGCAAAAGCGCUUACGCUCUCCAUUUUAGCAGCCAAUUUGGCAUACACCUUCUACAUCGGCCUGACCAUGAAUUUCCAGUACUCCUGGGAAAGCACCUCGUCCGUUUUCACCGAGCUCUACAUGCAUCCGCUGUCACGCGUUUUCGCUUACAUAAUUGGCGGUGUAGCUGGCUGGUUUUUCGUACAAAAUCAAAAGCAUCAACUUUAUGCGGGUUUCUUUCAGAAUCAAUCGUUGCAAGAGUUUCUCGGUUAUUUGGCGAUUAUCGUAUUCUUCACUUGCAAUUAUACAACAAUCGCUACUGGGUAUUCGAUUUUAUACUACGUUGUGUUGUUGGUGCUGCAACGUUUGCUGUUUUCAGCGAGUGUCUGUUGUUUGAUAUUUGCCAACGCGGCAGGUAGCGUAAAGUGGUUCUUUGGCGUUUUGGAAAAUCCAAUUUUCAAAAAAUUCAAUCAGAUCACCUAUGCUUUGUUUCUGAUGAAUCCAAUGAAUAUUUCAUUAGUGACAGGAUUUGGCAAUGCGAGUAUCAACAUGACGCCGCUAAGAUUCUUAAGUGAUUAUAUUGGCUAUUGUGCUGUUCUUUACUUUUUCUGCACAAUUUUCACCCUGUUCUUCGAGGUGCCCUACAAGAAUAUAUCAAGACUGAUGCUGCAGCGCGCCAAAGAGAAGCUUAUCUAAAAGGGUGUUAAAAGUUGCGGCUGUGAAUAUUAGUUUAAGUUUUAACGUAGCGAAGUAUCUGCAUAUUUAUUUCCUUAUUAUCUAACAAAAACCAUAUAAAUUCAUAGUUCAAACUUUGUGCAAAAAUUAUAAAUAUUCUGAGAAGUUGCAUCUAAUUUUUUAACUUUUUAUUUUAAUUUUUCAGAAUUUUUUGAGUAUGCAGUUUUCUAGCCCAUUAAAUUUUAGUAUAAUAAAGUGCAAGUUUGAAGUUGCUGAAAAUUUUGUUUUGAUUUUGUAAAUUUUUUUUUAUACAUUUUCUUCC